AACCAUCCAUUAUCCACCAAACUAACAUUCUCCGGUCCAUUUUCCUUUUUGAUAUCCAACUUUCCAUAAGAUUUUACAGCAAAAAUUAGAGCUCGAAUCUCGAUAUAUUUCCCGUUAAAGGCAAAUAGUGUUCAUCUUCUUCCAGUAGAUUAACCAGAAACGGUUUUUAAUCUUCAUUGUUAAAGAUGGAAGCAGAUGGUAUGGUUUUGAAAGGUGAUAAACUUAUACUAAGAGGCUUGAUGUUCCAAGGAUAUCACGGUGUUUUACCAGAAGAGAAAACUCUGGGUCAGAAGUUUGUCAUUGAUAUAGAUGCGUGGAUGGAUCUUCGCGAGGCUGGUAAAUCUGAUGAUUUAAAUCACAGUGUAAGCUAUAUGGACAUUUACAACAUUGCUAAGGAUGUAAUGGAAGGACCUGGUCAUAAUCUCUUGGAAUCGCUGACUCACCUCAUCGCUACAAAAACACUUCAAAGGUUCUCUCAAAUAUCUGCAGUUCGUGUGAAGCUUGGGAAGCCUCAUGUAUCUAUUCAAGGUCCCCUUGAUUACUUAGGGGUCGAGAUUUUCAGGUUCAGAGGUGUUGAUGUCUAAUGCUGAGCCUUGCACUCGGAAUACUUUGGGAUUCUUCAAUCUCUCUUUUCCUUUGUUGAAUUUUUGGGUGGUCUUUGAACUGAUUGGUAUCAUCUUUGUUGUCCUGCGAGUUCUGGUUAUCUUUGAACUGGUGUAUACAAAUCAAACUGUUUUUUUUUUUUGGCUUCUUUCUUUCUCCAA